GAGUGCCUGCUGCUGCUGCUGCUGCUGCUGCUGCUGUGGAUGAGAGACUCUUUGAGGGAAUAUUUUUGGGGUCUCGUUUGGAGCUGAGGGCCCUUUUGAAUGUGGAGUUGUCUUUGCUGCUGCGGCGCAUGCAGCAGCAGCAGCUGGACCUGGCUGCUGCUGCUGCUGCUGCUGCUGCGGGUGCUGGGGGCGGCGGCGAGGCUGCUGCAGCAGCAGCUGCGGCCGCAGCAGCAGAGAUGCAGAGCGAGCUGGAGGCCUGGGCAGCAGCAGUGCAGCAGGAGAAAGCAGCAGCGCAGCAGCUGCUGCAGCAGCAGCUGGAAGAAGCAGCAGCAGACCCGAACUUUGCUGUGGGGUCUUUUUUCUACAGCGACGAACUAGCAGCAGCAAUUCUGGACAGCCCCGCGUACAGCAGCAGCAGCGCAGCAGCAGCAGCAGCAGCAAUCAGCGCAGUGCAGCAGCUGCGGCGGCCCGCGUGGGCGCUGCAGCUGAACUCCGAGACGCUGCAGCGCGCGCAGCUGCUGCUGCUGCAGCAGCCCCGUUUGCUGCUGACUCCGCAGCAAGCUCUGAAGCAAAAUGUUCUUCUUUUUUCUGGAAAACAAGUAAUUAAAAAAAGAAACUUUUUAGAAAAAGUUUCUCUCGUGCUGCAGCUGACGGCCCGCAUGCACAGCAGGUUCACAGACAACUUGGCUUCGCUGCUGCCCCACACUCUCCGCAGCAAGCUGCUGCAGGCCCUCAGCGGCAGCAGCAGCAGCAGCAGCAGCAGCAGCAGCGGCGUUGAAGCGGCUCUCAUCGACGAGGUCUUCGACUCUCUGGGCUUCGUGUCGGCGUUCCGCGCUGCAGCAGCAGCAACAGCAGCGGCGGAGCAGCAGCGGCAGCAGCAGCAGCAGCAGCGGCAGCUGAUAAUGCUGCAGCUGCUCGACAAGAAGAACCGCUUGAUCUUGUUCAAGCCUGCUGCUGCAGCAGGCAGCAGCAGCAGCAGCAAACGAAUUGCUGCUGUUGAGACGCCCCACUUCUUUGCUGCUGCUGCAGCAGCAGCAGCAAACGAUCUUGCUGCUGCUCUCAACAGCCGCAGCAAAAGCAGCUGCUGGCUGCGGCUGCUGCCGCUGCAGCUGUGGGAGGCGGGGCCCCACAGCAUUCCGACACCGACACCGCCGCUACGAUUGGUUCAGCGCUUGAAAAGACUGUGGCAGAAAGUCCGGGGGAAGCCGACGGAAUUCGUUGGAUUUGUGAAGACCGAACUCACAGAGGGCCCCGCCAGAGAACUCGCCCGCAGCUGCAUGCGCGCUGCAGCAGAAAGCCCCAAAGCAGAUGCAUGCGUUCCCACAAGCCCCGACUUCGUCAAGUGUUUGUCCAUGGCCGUGCUGCGCUGCAGCGCAGCAGACACUGCAUGCAGCAGCAAAGUGGAGUCUUUUGCAAACCUCCAUUUGGAAAUGCUGCAGAGGGUUUAUUUGGAUUUGCAAAACCCUCGGACAAACCCUCAAACCUUUUUCGACAAACCCCCCUGGAACAAAGCCCGCCACUUCAUCCGAGACGCCAUCGAGGCCAGCGGCGAGGCGCUGAGCGCGGACGAGCGGGAGGCCCUGCUAAACCCUUUCGUGGCAAAGUUCGGGGCCCCUGCUGCUGCCAACUUCCGGGUGGACGAAGUGAGCGCGUCGCGGAUAGCGUGGGAGCUGCGUCGCGUGCAUGCGCUGGACUUCAAAUCUUUUUAUGACUUUUUAAUUCUUCCGAUGAAAGACUUUUCUUCUGCUGCUGCUGAGAAGGAGGCCCUGGGCUGGUGUCUGUACACCCUGGCGCAGCAAAACGCCCGCAGCAGCAGCAUGUUCGCCCACGCCCGCACCGCAGCAGCCGCAGCAGCAGCAGCAGCAGCAGCAGCAGCGCCUUCCCAGGUCCGCCGCUGCUUCAAAGAUGUUUGGGAAGCAGGAAUGACUUUCCACAAACCCUCGCUGCUCCACAAACCCCAAACGGGGGCCCCCGAGGGGCCCCCCGAGGGGGCCCCCGAGGGGCCCCCGGAGGGGCCCCCAGGGGGCCUCCAGGGGGGCCGCGGCAGCGCCGAGGAGACCGGCAGCAGCAGCAGCAACAGCAGCAGCAGCAGCAGCAGCAGGAGGGUGCUGAGCAGGUCCGAUGAAGUGUUUCGAGCUUCCGUGAUGAAGGAUUCUUUUUUGCAUGUUUUAAUUUUGCAAAGAUUGGGAGCUUUGAUGGAAAAUUUAUUUAAUUUUCGAGAAGCAAUGGCGCUGCGGGAGGGCACAGCAGCAGCAGCAGCAGCAGCAGCAGCAGCACCGCCUGCAGCAGCAGCAGCAGCAGCAGCAGCAGCAAAAGCCGCGCUCUUCCGGCGCAUGCAAGCGCUUUCUUUUGAAGACUUUUCGCAACUCGUUCUGGUGUCUGUACAGCUGCUGCCUCUCUCUCUUGCUUUUGUUGCUGCAGCAGCAAAAAGAGACAUUAGGGUUUUCUACCUCAGCAGCAGCAGCAGCGGGGGGGCCCUCUUCAGGCUAGGGGCCCCCAGCAGCAGCAGCAAACUGUACCCUUUCAGCAGCAGCAGCAGCAGCAACUUCAUCUGCAAUCCCCGCUGCAGCCAAAUCAGCUCUGCUAUCAAUCUCGAGGCCAGAGCCAAAAGAGCAAUAGCAACUUCGCUGUCGCUGCGGCUGCGGGCCCAGACGCGGGGCCUCAAGUCUCUUGCUGCAGCACUGUCCCCUCUUUUGUCUCUUUCUGCUGCCGAUUUAUUUCUUUCUUUCCAAAACUUCGAAACUUUUCAGCAGCAACAAACCAACUCCAUCAAUCCCCAAACCCUCGACAUUUGUUCCUUCCAUUUCCCCCAAAUGAGGGUUUUCAAAGGGGCCCCCCAGGCCUCGGGGGGCCCCCUGGGGGCCCCCGGGGGCCCCCCGGGGGCCCCCCGGGGGGCCCUCAGGGGCCCCUGGGGACGAGGGGGGCCCCUGGGGGGCCCCCUGGGGGCCCUCCGCGGGGGGGCCCUCGGGGGGCCCCUCGGGGGCCUCCGGGGGGGCCCCCGGGGGCCCCCCGGGCCCUCCAAAGAAGGGUUUUUUCUGUGCAAUUAUGAAAGUGUACCCUUUCGGUAUGCACAUGAAACCCUGAGGGUUUGCGGGGCCCAAAGGAGGGUUUCUGCUGCUGUUUGGGCAAGUUUUUUCUUGAAUUCAAACCAAGUUUUGGAUAACUAUUUCAAAAUGGAAAUGCGGAGAAGUGGAGGAAUAAAAACAAUCAAAGACUUCGAAAAGAAAAAAGAAUGGAGACGCAAACUCCCCCAACUCCUCAGCGCCACUGCAAAGGCACUUUCCGACAAAUUCGCAGACAUAAAGGCACUCGUAAAGAUGCUGGAAGGAGGUGUAGAUACACUCCAAUUCAAAAAAACCCUCCGAGCUGCAGCAGACAAAAUGGCCCAGUGGCUGCUGAGGCCCCGCGUCAAGAAGGCCAAGCCCAAGCAGCGCGAAAAGGUUGCUGAGGGCCCGUGGACUUCAACAGAAAGAACAGUUUCCUUAAAAGAACUGUCUUUGCUUCCUGAGGAAAUAGUGCUGACGAAGUGGCGGCGGUUUGCAAUAUCUGUGGACUGCAGCAGCAGCAGCAGCAGCAGCAGCAGCAGCAGCAGCAGCAGCAGCAGCAGCAGCAGCAGCAGCAGCAGCUGCCUGGGGUUUGGGGGCCCCCCGCGGCUGCUGGCCGCGCUGGGGGGGGCCUCGGGAGCAGCUCAUUUGUUUCUUUUGGAUCAACUUUCUUUUUUUGGAGAAAUCCAAAACAACAAAAAGGCGGAAACGGACUGUUUGCUGCUGCUGCUGGACGAGCUGCUGACGUCUGCUGCUGCUGCAGUUCCUGCUGCAGCAGUUUUUGAAACUUUGAGUUCUGUCUUUUCCGUUUUUCCUUUUUCAAUUGUUCUUUGGAAUCAAUUAAAUAGUUCUUUAAUUCAAUUCAAACAAACUCAAAACACUCUCCUGGACUCCGUCCCCAUUCAAAUCAUUGUCGCCCCGCGACAGCCCCCAGCAGCAGCAGCAGCAGCAGCAGCAGCAGGGGGAGCAGCAGCAGCAGCAGAAACGGCUUCAUUUGCUGAAGAGGGAAGCGAGGAGGAUAUUUUUCUCAGCGCCCAGGAGCCAGAGGAGGAGGAGCAGCAGCAGCAAGAACAGCAGCAGCAGCAGCAGCAGCAGCAGGAACAGCAGCAGCAGCAGCAGCAGCAGCAGCAGGAACAGCAGCAGCAGCAGGAACAGCAGCAGCAGCAGCAGCUGCAGCAGCAGUGGCAGCUGCAGCAGCAGCAGCAGCAUCUGCUGCAGCAGCAGCAAGACACGGAACUGUUUAUCGUCAGUCCUGGCUUUGACCUUUACCAGCGGCUUUUAGAAGCAAAAAGAGCAGCAGAAAAUGAGCCACAGACGCCCUUGAUGCCUUUGGGAGAAACCCUCCUGGCGGAAUCGGGGGCUGAGGCCUCUCUUUUGGAUUCCUUUUUGCUAAAAACCCUUUCUGCUUUUCAACUUCUUGUGGCUUGUCAAGAAAUCACUCAAGAGUGUCGAGGGUUUAGAGUUGAACUUUACCAAACCCUCCUCGCUGCAAUCCGCAAGGCCAUACAAGAAGGGGAGUCGCUGGUGCGUUUGGGGCUGCAGCAGCAGCGGCGGCUGUCGAGUCUGAGCGAGCUGCGAGCUGCUGCAGCAUCGCUGCAGCAGCUGCUGCAGCAGCAGCAGCAGCAGCAGCAGCAGCAGGCGCUGGGGCCCGUGUGUCUCACGGAGCAGUGCAGAGAUGAUGCAGCAGCAGCAGCAAAACUGCUGCGGCCCAUUCAGAAGCUGCUGGGGGCCCCCAAAUAUAUUCAAAUAAAAAAAGAAACCCUCGAGAGACCCGCGGCAGAAAUGAAAGCAAAAGUCCCCCUCGAGGCCUUCAGAAAAGCCAGUUCGCUGACGCUGUCGCACCUGCCGAUGGAGCAGUGGCUCUCCGUGCUGCGGAGUCUGCAGCAGGGGCCUUUGCUGCUGCUGCCAAACCCUUUUUUAGGGUUUACGAUUUACUCCUUUCAAGUCACUUGUUUUGAACUCUCCAGAAGCCGCCUCGCGGAAGCCCUCAGAGUGCUGCAGCGCGCAGCAGAACAGCUGGAGCCCGGAGCCAUGGGCGAUAUUGCGCGGUCGGCGGCGGAAAGUCAAAAGAAACAAGACAGAGAAACCCUCAGGCUCAUGAUUGCUGCAUGCAGCGAAGGCUCUUUUUACACUCAGGGCGCAGCAGCCUGCACUCGGAAGCUGUUGCGGGAGUUCCGGCGGCGGCAGCUGCGGCUGGACUUGACGGUGUCUUCGAAGCCGACAGUUCUGAGCAGCAAAGACUUGACAUAUUAUGACUGGUUGGGCUUUUCGGAAAAUCUCCAUUUUUUGAAUUGGCUAAUUGUGGAUUACUUGAAAGAGAAGGGAAUUUACAUCGCGGGAAACAGCGCUGUGGGUCUUCGCUCAAUUCGCCAGUCGAAGUCUUACAGAGAAUGGCGGGAAGAAAUGUUCAUGUUGAAAGUUUCGAGAGUGGAAGACAUAGGGGACAUUUUAAAUCUUUUGAUCUUUUAA